UUCAUUGCAUUUUUUUCCCUAGAAUUCUGGCAAGUUGGUGACCCAAUAGAUAAUCAUAAGGAAAGCCAAGACAAACCUCUGUGGCAAGCUGCAUCCGUUGAUAAGGAAACACUGAAGGAUGGAAGUGGCCCAAAAUUCAGAACAUACAGAAAAAUCAUUUAUCCAAGCACAAACUUUGUUUCUAUAAGACAAAGACUCCCUAAAUAUGAUUCAUGGGGAAAGUGUUCAAAACAUAAUUUAAAUUUUCUUAGUCAAAGUAGAAGCUAUGUAAGAAGGAAAGAUGAUGAAUGUAAGGCAUAUUGGAAAUUAUGCUUCCAUUCUAAUCUUGAUAAAGCUCAACCUGGAGAGAAAUUCUUUGAGCUUAAUGAACAUGGAAAAGCCUUCCACCAUAAGCAAUCCCUUAAUAAAAGUCCAAGAAUUCAAACUGGGGAGAAAUUCUAUAAAUGUUCUGAAUGUGGAAAAGUAUUUAUCCAGAAAGCAAACCUUGUUGUACAUCAGAGAACUCACACCAGAGAGAAACCUUAUGAAUGCUGUGAAUGUGCAAAAACCUUCAGCCAAAAGUCAACCCUCAUUGCACACCAGAGAACUCAUACAGGGGAGAAGCCGUAUGAAUGCAGUGAAUGUGGGAAAACAUUUAUCCAGAAGUCAACUCUGAUUAAACAUCAGCGAACUCAUACAGGAGAGAAACCAUUUGUAUGUGGUGAAUGUGCAAAAGCUUUUAAGAGUUCAUAUCACCUUAUUAGACAUGAAAAAACACACAUUAGACAAGCAUUUUAUGAAGCUAUCAAAUGUGGUAAGUCCAGCCUUACACAUCAAAGGACUCAUACAGGUGAGAAACCUGAGUGCAAUAAACAUGGGAAAGCCUUUGAUGAGACGCCCACCCCCAUUAAACAUCAAGGAACUCAUACAAAAGAGAAACCUUAUGAGUGCAGUAAAUGUGGAAAAGGCUUCAGGGGAAAGUCACACCUUUCUGUUCAUCAGAGAGUUCAUACAGGAGAGAAACCCUAUGAAUGCAGCAUAUGUGGGAAGACUUUCAGUGGAAAAUCACACCUCUCUGUCCAUCAGAGAACUCAUACAGAAGAGAAACCUUAUGAAUGCAGAAGAUGUGGGAAAGCAUUUGGUGAGAAGUCAACCCUUAUUGUACAUCAGAGAACUCAUACAGGAGAAAAACCCUAUAAAUGCAACGAAUGUGGGAAAGCCUUCAGUGAAAAAUCACCACUGACUAAACAUCAGAGAAUUCAUACAGGAGAGAGACCCUAUGAAUGCAGUGACUGUAGGAAAGCAUUCAGUAGGAAAUCAACUCUCAUUAAACAUCAGAGAAUUCAUACAGGAGAAAAACCCUAUGAAUGUAGUGAAUGUGGCAAAGCCUUCAGUGUGAAAUCAACUCUCAUUGUACAUCACAGAACUCAUACAGGAGAGAAACCUUAUGAAUGCAGAGAAUGUGGCAAAGCCUUCAGUGGGAAGUCAACACUCAUUAAACAUCAGAAAAGUCAUACAGGAGAGAAAACCUAUUAAGAUGCUUUACUGUGAGAUAAUUUCACUAGUUACACCUCAUUAUAUUAUAUAUCAAUUCAUCCUGGGGAGUAACCUUAUAAAUAUCAAAAAAUGUCAAAAACUCUUCAUAUAUUAUUUAAUGUUCAUUUAACUUAAUAAAAGGCACAAAAGUAUAAUUCCAGAAGGAUAUAAUAAAUGUGAUCAAUUUUUCACACAGAAUUCUUACACAAGUGGAGAACUGUAUACCAGAGAAUUCAAAAGUGGCAAAACUGUGACUAUAUUGAUGUGGAAAAGACUUUAGAAAGAAUUUAAAUAUUCUUGCCUAUCAGAGUAUUUAUGCUGACCUAUCAGAUAUUUAUGCUGAGGAAAAACAAAGAAUUUAAUGAGUUUAGAAAACUG